ACAGAGAAAACAAAAGUUGCAAACGAUUUGAAACAAAAAUUAACCUAAAAAAUAGUUACAGUCAAUAAAACUUUAAUAAUUAUUUGAAUUGGUAAUUGAGUAAAGCCGGCACAAUGAAACGACUCUCUGAGGAACGAACCAAAACCCUGUUUGAAAAGCUGGCAAAAUAUAUUGGGCCCAACGUAAAAUUACUGAUAGAGCGGCCAGAUGGGAUCUACUGUUUCCGUGAGCAAAAGGACAGAGUGUAUUACAUUUCGGAAAAAAUCCUAAAAUUGGCCGAAACUCUGCCACCAAACCAGCUAAUCUCUGCCGGGACAUGUUUUGGGAAGUUUACAAAGUCGAACAAGUUUCGGCUGCACAUAACUGCGUUGAGUUAUUUGGCGCCUUACGCCCAGUGCAAAGUUUGGCUAAAACCAUCAGCGGAGCAACAAUUCCUUUACGGCAAUCACGUCUCAAAGGCGGGUUUAGGACGAAUAAGUGAGAACACGGAGAAAUACCAGGGGGUUUUGGUGUACAGUAUGUCCGACUUGCCGCUGGGGUUUGGGGUAGCGGCGAGGUCCACAGCAGAGUGCAAACACGCCGACCCUCUGGCCCCCGUCUGCUUCCAUCAGGCAGACAUCGGGGAGUACAUCCGAUCGGAGGAAGAUUUAUUGUGAUUUAAGAAAUAAAUUUUUACGAAUUUGUA